GCCUCCUUCUCUUCCCUUCCCAUCCCUUCCCAUCCCCAUCCCAUCCCUUCCCAUCCCGUCCUGCCGAGCUGGGCCGGCUGCCUGGACCAGGAUGACGGCCACGGCCACCACAGGCACGCACAAGGUCGCCAGCACCAAGGAGGAGAGGAAGUUAAGGAAACCCCUCAUUGAGCGGAAGCGAAGGGAAAGGAUUAAUAACUGCUUAGACCAGCUGAAGGAGACUGUUGUGGGUGCAUUUCACCUGGAUCAGUCUAAACUGGAAAAAGCAGACAUCCUGGAAAUGACGGUGAAGCACCUCCAGAACAUCCAGAGCAGCAAGAUGAUGGCUGAUUCCAAGGUGGGUCUGGAGGCCCAGCAGAGGUACAGCACCGGCUACAUCCAGUGCAUGCACGAGGUGCACAACCUGCUGCUCACCUGCGAGUGGAUGGACAAGAGCCUGGGGGCGCGCCUCCUGAACCACCUGCUCAAAUCGCUGCCCCGCUCCGGGGAGGACACCUGCAAAGCAGCGCUCAGGUCCGGGAGCCCGUCCCAGCAGCCUCUCCCGACGCAGAAAAGUCCCCUGAGCCCUAAGGGCAGCGCUCGAGGCACAAACCCGCCACAGGAGCGCCUCUACCCUGCGGAGAACAAGCAAGCUUCCAAAAAUUCCUUCCAGCUGCCCUCGCUGUCUCUUUUCAACCAGGUUGAUGCUGCACCUCCCAGACAGGUUCUGCAGCCAAAUUUUUCCCAUAACAAUCCCAGAAUGGGGUCAUUAGAUAUGUGGAGACCGUGGUAAAGUGCGUUUUCAAUUUUUGUCCUAACCUUAGACACUCUUAUGUAUGUAUCUUAUAGAUAUGUUUCUUUAAAACACUUGUGGAGCAAAUCUGUUCCUGUAGGUGUACUAAAGACCUGGGUACUUCAAGCCGAAGUAAACCUAUGUGUAGCCUGCAUUGUAGAAGGCUGCUAUUAUUUUUUUAUUUAUUUAAUACAUCUAAAUUAUUGUCUAGAAUCCUCUCGUGCUCUUUAGUGUAUAAUAAUUAUAUAGUUUUCUUGUCUUGCAUUCUAAAAUAAUUAACUUUCUAUUAAUAAAAAUACAAGACAACAAGCAACAAACCUCUCUGGCAUCAAAUUUACCUCCUCAGAUCUCACAUAAGCCAUUGAGAUCCCUUUGUUGGAUAAAAGGGUAAGCAACCGCUUUUUAUUUUUAAUGUCAUCCCUGUGCAGUGUAGGAGAUUCCUGUUAAAAUGCUGCAAUUAUGAGGAGGGAAAAAAAAAUAAAAAGAGAGAGAGAAAAAGGGAGAGACUUUUUAGGUCUGGACUUUUUAGGCUGGUUAGAAAUGCUCUCUGCUUUUGCUGUUCCGAGCCUGACAUUUCUCUCACAAGCUUGUGAGUACAUAAGAUAUAUAUAUAUAUAUAUAUGUUACAUAUAGUUGUAUUUAGGGAUUUUUUUUGUUUGUUUCCAUAACUAAAAGUUCUAAAUAAACCUUUUGAAGACAACGACUGACAUUUCUCCCAGCCUUGUCCCGUGUGCUCUGAAUAAAGAGUGUUUGAGCA